UUUUAUCACUUUAUUUAUAUGACUGUGAUUUUCAGUCAUAACUUGAGAGGUUUUGUGGAAACUAUUAACAGUCUUGUGUUUAUAUUUUUUGCGCAGGCAGAACAGCAGACAGCCUGUGUGUGUGUGUGUGUGUGUGUGUGUGUGUGUGUGUGUGCUAUGAGCUGGUUAAUGUUUAUGAGGUUCUGCACUGAAAGUCGGAGUGUUUUAUCCAAACGCAGACACUUUCUUCUGUCCGCAGCUAAAAUGGCCACAGAUUCACACUGGCUGAGUGCAGCAGAAAGGGAGCAUGCGCUGAUGGAGUUGAAGGCGACGGGAUGGGUGGAGCUGGAGGAGCGAGAUGCACUGUAUAAAGAGCUGCACUUCAAAACCUUUAAUCAGGCGUUUGGAUUCAUGUCUCGAGUGGCUCUACAGGCGGAGAAGAUGAACCAUCAUCCGGAGUGGUUCAAUGUUUAUAAUAAGGUCCAGGUCACGUUAACGACACACGACUGCGGAGGCCUGUCGAAGAAAGACAUCCGUCUUGCCAAAUUCAUUGAUAAAGUCGCUCUGACGAUGUAGUGCUGUAAAACGGUGUCAUGUCUUUAGAUGAGUGUGUGUUUUGGGCUGAGCUUAGACUCUGACUAAGUGCUGGACUGAUCUGGGAUCUGCUGUAAACAUAGAGGCUUAAAAAAUCCUCCUGUUACUGUAAACAAAUUUUAAAUAAAGAACGUGAAUAUCAGCA